UGUGUUGGUUGGGAAUGCGGGCUAUCAUAUUGGCAGUCUUAGUGCUGCACUUACCAUACCGACUUGCAUCUGGCCUUCAGUUUGUCCUCACAGGAGCUUCGCGGUUACCCCAACACUGUCCUCGUAUUCGCAUGCUUGGCGCGGAUGGGGGAGACUACUGCUGCAGUAUCCCCACUAAGGAAUGCAUGGGGAGGAGCUUGCAGUCUGUACAAUUAAUGGAACCCCUGCAGGAACAGGACAUGUACCAAGAAGACAUGUCGUCGAGCGAGGUGUUGCCAUUCACCCUGCUGGAGUCCAUGUCCGCCCUGUGCAUGUACAGACAAGAGGGGCUCUGGGUGUACGAGGUGUGCUACAGGAAGCAUGUGCGCCAGUUUAGACAGCAGGACAGCUCGGGACGAAGUGAGGACUUCAGUUGCGGGUCUUACAGCGGGGACGAGCACCAAGAUGAAAGUGUUAAGGAGGAUACCAGCUCCAUGUCGUACCCUGUUCGAUAUGUUUCCCACAACUUUACUGGCGGCGCCAAGUGCGCAUUGACUGGGGAACCUCGGACUGCUGAGGUUCGCUUCACAUGUUUACCCGACAUCAAUGACAACGCCAUUGUUUCGGUGAAAGAGUUCCCGACGUGCAACUACAAGAUUCUGGUAAACGCCCAAGCUCUCUGCAAGCAUAAGGAUUUCCAACUGCCAGCUCAACUGGAUUGGACGAUUGACUGCGAGCCUAGACGCGAUUCGCCGUCUGAAGAAGGGGCCAGCUCAUCAACUGGGUGUGGGGCUGGCGGAACUGACUAAUCCUGCCUGAAGACGGCAUGGGGGUCUGUGUGUGGGGGGGGGCGGAUAUUCGCACGCAUCAUCAAGGACGAGGCCAUUCGCUCGCUGUCUGUGUUAUGAUGUGGGAAGUUCCUUGGGACGCGACUGCAGAGCGACUUCUGGCUACUAGCUGCUGUCACUGUCACGGACAUCGCGGACCUGACCUAACCACCUAAUUAUAGCCGGGAGAUGGAAGGGGAAAGACGAACCACAAACGAGUGAAGCAGCUGCCAGGGCAAGAGUGUACCAGGCGUAGAACUGACCGAAAGGCGUCCGUGAAGACGGCGACACCUCGGGAUGGAAGGGGGAAUGGAAACCGGAGUGCAAGGAAGCCGGAAACUACCUGUCCUGAGGGUGUAAAUAAUAAUAAUGUCGCUC